AUGGCAUCAGAAAAUAAGACCGAGUAUUAUGAAAUGCUCGGCAAAUCCCUCUUUGAAACCGGAUUGUAUUCAGACCUGACCAUUACUUGUAAAGGGGACUCUCACCGUGUUCACAAAGCUAUUGUUUGCCCCCGGUCUUCUUUUUUCACCGCCGCUCGUAAUGGAAACUUCAAGGAGGGCUUGGAGGGUAUGAUUAACCUGCCAGAUGAUGAUCACAGCGCAGUGCGCAUCAUGGUUUAUUACUUUUACAACCUCGACCUCGCCGGCUACCCCUACAUCCCAGAGGACGGAAACUUUGUUGAGGAAAAGCUGUCAAAAACUGAAUACGGCGACGAAGAGAAACAACUCCUGGAAUCUAGGGGCCACAGAUUCGUGGGCCGUCGGAAAGUAAAGGGACAAGUUCUUAAGCUUGGGGCUCGAAUCGGCCCUUCUUCGAACCUCCGUCUCUUCGCCAAGGUCUAUGCCCUCGGCGAGAAAUAUGGGAUUCCAGGCUUAAAGACUAUUGCGGUCGGCAAGUUUAAGACGUUGGCGAAAGCAUACGCCCAGACUGAGGACUUCAAAUUCGCAGCGCAGGAAGUGUAUACCUCUACGAUCGACCAAGAUCGUGGACUUCGAGAUGUCGUUGUCAAAACUGUGGAGGAGAAUCUUGGACUACUCAAUCACGAGGCUUUUGCAGCUUUCGCCAAAGGGAGUGAGCUUGGACAUGAUGUUCUCAUGAAGAUCGCCUCACUUCAUCGCGCCGGAUAG